GUCAGGCUGGAGGGGGCUUCGGCCUCCGGCGUUGGGAAAUGGCGGCGGGGGUCAGAAUAGAAGACGGUUCCUUGGACAUUAUCCAGAGUAUUGAAGAGGACCCACUUCUGGAUGCCCAGCUUCUCCCACAUCACUCAUUACAAGCUCAUUUUAGACCCAGAUUCCACCCUCUUCCUACAGUCAUCAUAGCAAAUCUUCUUCUGUUUAUCCAUGUUGUGUUUGUUAUUUUAGCGUUCUUGACAGGUGUGCUUUGUUCUUACCCUGACCCAAACGAGGACAAGUGCCCUGGAAACUACACCAACCCACUGAAAGUCCAGACAGUCAUAAUCCUAGGAAAAGUCAUUUUGUGGAUUCUACACUUACUUCUGGAACGCUACAUUCAGUAUCACCACAGCAAAGUGAGAAACCGUGGCUAUAACCAGAUCUACCGAGCCACAAGGCAUCUGAAGAGCCUCGCCCUGGUGACACACUCCACCGGAAACACGAUGCUCCUCCUCAUACUGUGCAUGCAGCAUUCUUUCCCUGAGCCCAGCAGGUUGUACCUUGACCUCAUUCUGGCCAUCCUGGCCCUGGAACUGCUCUGCUCCCUGACCUGUCUGCUCAUUUAUGCAGUGAAAAUUAGAAAAUUUAAUAGAGACAAACCACAGCCUGAUGUACUUGAAGAAGAAAAAAUCUAUGCUUACCACAGCAAUAUUACCUCGGAAACCGGAUUAAGGACUAUUUCAAGCCUAGAAGAAAUUGUUGAAAAGCAAGGAGACAUAAUAGUGUACUUGAAGCGACACAAUGCCCUGUUGAGUAAGCGGCUGUUGGCACUCACUUGCUCAGACCUAGCCUCUCAGCCAAGUAGGACAUGAGAGGCUCACAGGCGUGAUCAUGGCUGAAGAGUUCAGAGCAACCUCAGACUGAAGGACGGCCUGUCCUGCUGCCCUAGGGAACCACAGCCCUUGCUGAAAAACAUUGUGUAGCGUGUUGGAAACUUGAACUUGGUUCUCACCUGUGUGGCUGUUUAGUAGAUGGGGCUUAUGGAUCAUUUGAAAGGUACUUUCAAAAGGUAGAAGUGCUUUGCUAACUUGAGAAGAAUGUCUGUUUUGUACAUUUUUAAAUAAUUGAACUUCUUGGUUUUUCCUAGGAUCGAAGGUACAGUUCAAUUAUCCCAUGGCCAACAGUUUUUCUACGUGAUAUUAGAUCCCUCUAAUAGCUGGGGAUGUAGCUCAGCAGUAGGGCAUGUGUCUAGCAUGCACAAGCCCCUGGUUCAAUCCACAGCAACACCCCCACUGCUCCCCCACCCCCAAAAGCCCUGUGAUAAUAUGGCUAUUUGUAAAGUAAAACUGACAUAAUUUAAUUUAAACAGGGGUUUUAAAUAAGUUCUUUCUUUUGUGGAGUGGGAAAGUACUGGGGAUUAAACUCGGGUACUUUAC